UGAGUCAUGGCAAUUCUGCUCUGCAGCGUAUUUUUGUUGCGUUUCACUGAGAUUCUCUCUCUGAGCUUCGUCUUCUUCACUUUCAUCACCGGUAUAAGCUCCCUGAAAAUGUCAGACGCUGCAGGCCGAGGUUCGUCGUCCUUAGCGUCUUCCCGACUUCUUCGGCGGACUUAGCUGCCGACAUUUUGACAGUGAAAUUUGAGCAGAGACCUUUUACGGUGAAUGCGUAAGUACUCCGGGUUCGUGGGAUUAGUGGAGUUUUGGCGACCAUGGUUCUUGGUCUGCAGGGAAAGGCCAGGAAAAACAGCUCUGUUAAGCUUCGUUAUCUAAUCCACAUUCAGGAGAUCAAGCCCUGGCCUCCGUCACAGUCUCUCAAGUCGGUCCGCUCCGUCCUUAUCCAGUGGGAAAACGGGGAAAAGCAUAGUGGGUCGACAAGUUCUGUCAUUCCAUCUCUGGGCUCUGGCAUCAACGAUGGCAAGAUCGAGUUCAACGAGUCCUUUAGGUUACCCGUGACUCUACUGAAGGAUACCUCCGUCAAAUCAGGAGAUGGCGAUGCAUUCGAAAAGAAUUGCUUGGAGUUUCACUUGUAUGAGCCUCGUAGAGAUAGGACUUUGAAAGGCCAGUUGCUUGGUACCGCCUCAGUAGAUUUUGCGGACUAUGGUGUCAUCAAGGAUGCCAUAAGCAUUACUGCUCAAAUGAAUUGCCAGAGGAACUUUAGGAAUACGGCUCAACCUGUGCUGUAUGUUAAGAUUCAGCCUGUUGAUAAAGGUUCCUUAAGUUUUUCCUCAAAGGAAAGCUUGGAGAUGCAAUCAUCACUGGACAAGAAUGGCAGCGACUCUGUGGCAGCCUUGAUGAGAGAAGAAUAUGCAGCCGAAGAGGAAAUGACAUCUUUCUCUGAUGAUGAUGUUUCAUCCCACGCAUCAAUGACGGUUCCCUCUUCUCCUUCAAGAUCACCUCCUCAAAAUGAACAGAGCGGAUCUGUUGCCAUUAACGAGACCACUGUAAGGAUUGAGGAGAAUCACCUUUUAGCUUCAGAUCCAGUGUUGGAGCUCAGAAGAUCUGAUGUUACAUCAGAAGUUGCGCUUGCAGAAAACUUGCGACCAGCAGAGGACUUACUUCCGAGUUCUUCCCGCUCAUCAUCAUUUGACCUUUCUUCCGAUCCAGGGAGUUCAGACAACGGCAAUCCAUCUUCUAAUAGCUUCGGGAGGUUUAGUUCAAUGGCCUUCCCAAAAGCAGGCGGUCAUAGUGCUCAUUCUUCGAUCUCAUCCAUUGCCAUUGACCAAGCAGAGGAAGAGUCCAUUAAGGCUCUAAGUUACGGUAGUGAAAGUUUGACCCAAGAUGCUCAUGGAGAAUCUGAAUCAGGUGGUGAAACUCUACUAAAUUCUAAGGAUAUUCUGAUUACUUCUGCUAAAUUAACUCCUUUGGAUGAAAAUUUGGACAUCGUGGAUGAUACUGAUGCUCAGGUCAUUGACGGCGAUGAUAUGAAAUGUUCAAAAGUAGGUCAAGAUGAUGUUGGUAAAAAUUCAGCAACAGAUGGAAUUGGGGGAAGUGGGCGCUCAGAAUGUUACUUGGAAGAAGAAAAGGGUACUGUUGGAGAUGAUUCAGUUGAUGGACUUUCAGUUGAUGCUGCUAGCGAGCAGAGCUUUCUCGCGAAUGAUGAAUUUUCUUCUGGGGGAGAAAGCCAUGGACUAAAGGGACAUGUAAUUGACAGAUUAAGACAUGCAAAAUCUGUCCGUUCGCCUCCUGAAAUUACCAAGAGCAUAGGAACAGCAAGCGCUAACCUGAUAGCCGGUUAUAGUAAGGAAGGUGGUAUUAAACCAACUGGAGUGAGAAGCUUCAGAAGUAAUGAAAGAAGGGAUUCUAAGGUUUAUACUAAGGACACGAGAAGCGCACUUUUGGAAGCUAAAGUUCAGCAAUUGGAGCAGCGAAUCAAAAUGCUGGAGGGAGAGUUGAUUGAAUCGGCUGCAGUUGAGGUUGCUCUGUUUUCAGUAGUUGCGGAACAUGGUUCUGCUAUGGCUAAAGUCCAUGCUCCGGCUCGGCGGCUUUCUCGAUUAUAUAUUCACGCUUGUAGACAGCUUUCACGUUCAAGAAGAGCUAGUGCAGCUAGAAGCGCUGUUUCAGGGUUAGUGUUGGUUGCGAAAGCAUGUGGCAAUGAUGUGCCAAGGUUAAUGUACUGGUUGUCCAAUUCUGUUGUAUUAAGAACAAUAAUCAGUGAGAUGAUAGAAAAGACGAACCUGUCAGUUUCCUCAUCGACCCAGAGCAGCAAAGAUUAUGCUGGGAAGCAAAGUGCCGAGAUUCCAUCAUCGUUAAAAUGGAAGUCCUCUUCUCGUAGGAAUGGACAUGCGAAUGGUGGAACAGAGUGUAACUGGGAGGACCACAGUACAUUUGUAUCUGCAUUGGAAAGGGUUGAAGCUUGGAUCUUCUCCCGUGCAGUAGAGUCCAUGUGGUGGCAGACCUUGACUCCAUAUUUGCAGUCUCCUACUAUAAUGACCGUUAUCAUGGGUUCUAGCUUGAGUGAAAGUGGUAAAAGAGUAACUCACGAAGAUGUUCAAGGAGACAUUUCACUGGAACACUGGAAGAAAGCAUUUAGGGAUGCUUGUGAGAGACUUUGUCCUGUUCGAGCUGUAGGACAUGAAUGCGGCUGCUUGCCUAUGCUUGCAAGGCUGAUUAUGGAGCAAUGCGUGGGUAGACUAGAUGUGGCCAUGUUCAAUGCGAUUCUUCGUGAUUCUGCAAAUGGGAUCCUAAGUGAUCCAAUAUCUGACCCCAUCUCUGAUCCUAAGGUUCUACCUAUACCGGCAGGGAAAUCGAGCUUUGGCAUUGGUGCACAACUGAAGAACACGAUUGGGAACUGGUCAAGAUGGCUUACUGAUUUAUUUGGUGGAGAUGAUACUGAUCUAGCAGAAGAUGAGAGUGAAUAUGUUGAUGACGAGAGGAAAGACGGUUCCUUCAAGUCCUUCAAUCUCUUGAGCGCAUUGAGCGAUCUUAUGAUGCUGCCAAAGGACAUGCUUUUGAGUAGAUCUAUCAGGAAAGAGGUAUGCCCUACGUUUGCUGCUUCACUGAUCAAAAGGGUUCUCGACAAUUUUGUCCCAGAUGAGUUUUGCCCCGACCCCAUUCCAGACGUUGUGCUUGAAGCCUUGGAAUCUGAGGAUCACAGUUUGGAAGUUGAAGAAUCCGUUGCAGACUAUCCAUACGUUGCAGCGCCUGUGAUAUACACACCACCUUUGGCAUCUACUGUUGGUGGAAUUAUCGGGGAGGUUGUUGCAGAUUCUCAGCUUAGACGAUGUGGGUCGUCUGUGAUCAGAAAAUCAUACGCUAGCGAUGAUGAACUCGAUGAACUGAAUUCGCCCUUAGCUUCAAUCUUCAUAGAUGGUCCUCGGUCUUCUCCUGUUUUGACCAAGCCUAGUUGGACAUCGAAGCAAAAUGCAAAUCAAAAUACCACCAGGUACGAUCUCCUUCGGGAGGUGUGGACGAACUGUGAAUAAGUGCAGCAUCAGCCGCUUUCUACACGGGUGAUUGACCCCUGAACAAACCACUCCAGUCUCUGCUUUUGUUCAUGCUGUAUAUAUCUUUCGCAAUUUUGGUCACACGUUGUGAAACAAGUGAGAAACGACCGGGCGGUUCCUGGAUCAUCUGGAGAACUCGCAGAAAAAUCAGUUAUGGAUGCAUGGAACUUCUUAAAGAAUAAUCUGCUUGUGUUCAAUAAAGUGUAACUCAUCAUUCUUA